AUUCAUAAACACCUGCACAUUGUGGAUGAACAUUUGGAAUCAGACUUUGUUGAAGACAGCUGAACUACCUAUCAUCGACAAGAUGAGUAAACCAGAAGUUCAUUUCAUAAACUAGAAACCGGUUCAUUGUUCUACGGUGCAUGUCAGACAUUGUUUUCGUUGCUGAAUGUGGUACUGCGGGACUCUCGAAAUCACGCAUGUGUUGCACGUUGUGGAUUCAACGGGUUUAGUUUAGGUUUGGAGUGAAGUUUACUGCAUGUCUACAGCAAGUAGGCUGGUUAUAUACUCUACUUGUGCUGUUACUUUGAUAUAUUUGCUUCAUUGUUAUCGAAAAAGACGUAAGCAUAGAGCGGCCAACAGUAACAACCCGAUAAAAAUUACUGAACAUCCUGUAUCUUCGUCACAAUCAGACGCCAGUGGUACUAAGUUUAGCGAGGAAUCUUUUGCUAUUCAAGAUUUAAUUAGUGACAUUGAAUAUAACGAUCCACUUACCAUUCUCACAGCCGCUUUUGUUAAGACAAAAUUUACUAACGAACGUUUAGUAGUCUUGAAAGAACAAAACUUGGAAUUGGAAAGUAUUUCUUUCUUGGAAUCACUACUGCCUGUAGCGUUAACUUUUUCUGACACAGCACCCGGAUUGUUAGCAAUGGCGGCCAGUCAGACAGUAGUUUCUACCUUGAACAAUAGUUCUGUCUCAGGAUCCGAGUCUGAUCGAGCACUGACGCCCGACUCCAAUUGUGAUUUUUGUGGAAUUACCCUUCCACCUGAAGGUUUCAGUGACCCUUCGAAUGACAUUUAUGAAGCUAACCCCGAAGAGUUGGAUGGCAAAAUUUUGCCAAGAGUGCUCAUUCCUAGUGAUAUGUGGGCUCAAGUCGUUGAUAGAGAUAUCUGGCACGAGACAUUUUUAAUACCUGCCUACAUGGGUGGCGUUUUGAUUGGGCGGCUAGGAAAGAAUGUUAGAGAGCUGCGAAAUGCAUGGGAGGCCGAAUUUAGUUUAAAUACUUGCCCAGGAAAACAAGACACUCUGAUCUUUAAAUUAUCAUGCCCACUUAGACACAAAAAUGAUGUGCUACGCUGGGUAUCCCAUCGAUUCAGAAUGAGACCCUCCAAAACAACAAUUGGCAACCCAAACCAACUGAAGCGUCAACUUCCUCUAGGUGAACCGGUUCCGGUGCAGAUUCGUAGUCUUUAUGGUUCAAAGGAAUUUUUCGUAACAGUACCUGACGAAGAGUACAGCAACUAUCUAGUUAUGCAGGAAGAGCUUGAAAAAGAUUACUCAACCAACAACAAUUACCGUAUGCAACUUUGUGAACCAGUGACAUCAGGAACAGUUGCUGUAGUUCCACAUAGUCAGGGAUUUGCAAGGGCGCUUAUAAUUAGUGUUUAUCCUACCUGGCCAAAGGUAGCGUUCUACUACUUGCUAGACCAUGGGACAUUCGGUAUUGUGCAGCUAAAUAAAUUAAGAAAAAUCAGGGCUAAAUAUAUGAAGGUUCCUUAUCAAGCAAUUCAUGUUAGCUGGGCUCACGCAUUCCCUGUUUAUUCGGAUAUUCCUGAUUUACACAUACUUCGAACAUUCUUUAAUAGUGGUCGCGUUCAUGCAUUUGCUGUACGUAUGGAGACGUGUUGCCGAGCUUCUGUGGCAUUCGGUGAACCAUAUUCACAACCAUACUCAUCUCAUGGAUUUCUCGAUAUUCUAGUCAAUGCUUGUAACAGUGGACUGUUUAUAGCUGUUCCUCUGCUAAUUUAUCCCAAAAGACAAUCUUGGUUAAAUAGUUCGUCGAUUCCAUACUAUCCGUUCACAUACAGUUACAUCGAUUAUCAGUCAUUAGUGACUUUUGCUGUUGAGGAAGAUGACCAAGUGACCAUAGAUCAUUCAUCUUCCCAUAAUCAAAAUCCGAGUGAAGAUUAUAUUUGUCCUUCCAAACAUCAGGAUGGCAAUCAAAAAAAGUUCAAUAAGUCAAGCGACAAUUACUACCGCUCACAGCCUUGUGGUCAGCGUCGUGGACUGAGAGGAUCUGCAACAGUCAGCAAUACUGGAAAUCGUCGACAAAAUCCAUAUGGACCAAAUCGUUUGCAAAAUGGCCCUCUGUUUGCUACCUCUCAGAAAGAAAACCAAUUUACAUCGAUUAGUGAAAAUACUAUUGCAUUAAAAUCCACAUCUAGUGGAAAUGAGCAAUUUGGCAGAAGUCAACUACGAAAACCGUUAUCAAAUCGUAAUAAUAGUGUAAGUAGUUCCAGGACCGUCUCAUCGAAUCCUGGACGAGCGACUACAUUUAGUAGCCACGAGUAAUAAUUCGGAUUAUUUCAUCUUGUCUUCUAAUGUUCUUGCUCUUCACAUAAGCUUCUUGCAGAAUUUUAUGUUUAGUGCUUUUGUCACUGUAUAUUCAUUUUUAAUCUGUGCCUUCUGUCACCCGUGUUUUCCUGACAUAUUUUAGUUUUUGUUUUUCCUACUUGCGCACAUAUAUUACUCACUCUAAUGGGACUUGAACUUUCCUACUUAUUUAGUCCAUAUGAUUUAAAAUUCAAGUAUUCAUAUGUUCUCUUAUAUUUUUGUUGAGUUCCUAUCAUUUUAUUUACUUUCCGGUAUAAUUUUUCUGUCCAUGCUGUGCUUAAUUGGAGCAAUCGUUUUUCCUCGACAAGUGUAAUGUUUAUUGAUUAACCAAGGCGAAUAAAAAUGUUAAAGUAAUCUAUUUUCAUCGUUCCACACAAAUGGGCGACGUUUUGUUACUAAAAAGUUGUUUCAAGUAAGUGGGACACGCCUGACUCAUAUCUGACCACCUCCAUCCGUGAAUAACCUGCUGUAUGAAUGGUUUGUACGAAAGGUAGAGGUGGAUAAACCGAAACAUGGUACCAAAUCAUAAAACUACUGGUUGCUUAUCUAGGUUUUGUAAGUAGAUACAAACCAUCAUGUUGACCCCAGGGCGAUUAUGAUGACGCAAAUGUAAUUCUCUUGAUCUUAGAUUUUGAAGUUAUUAUGUUUUUUAUUCUGCGAUUUUAUCGAACGAUAUUCUCCGCAUCUUUACCACUGAGUACUACUAAUUUAGUAUUAUUGAUAAGUUAACCUCUCUGUUCAUAGGGUAUGACACCUGUCCUCAGUUUUGGGAUGCCUGUGUCAAGCUGUUGUCAACAAUAUGGUAAGGUUCGAUGGUAAUUCAUUCAGAUAUGCUGUCUUGAAACAUUUGAUAUUGUUUACCGUUAAGUGACAUGUAAUUCGCCCAUUUUUUCAAUAUUUAACGUUAAUUCACUAGCAUAUUCAAUUGGUAAGUACUUUUAAAGAUGGUGUCCCUAAAUAAUAUUAAAGCCUUAUUUUAUAGUUGUAUGUUGGCGAACCAUCCUUCAUUGAAAACAUUUAUAAAAAGUAAUUCUGGGUAGUCGUAAUUUGAAAACAUAUUAAACAGAACGUUGUACUCAUAUCGCACGACUGGUGUUGGACAUUCCUUAAUGUAACAAAACUUAUAGUAUUGGGUGGGGUGAUACUGUUGUUAUUACUUGAUUGGUAUUUCUUUUCUCUGCUGCCUCAUUAAGAUUUGGCUAACUGGUUCACGGGUUGGAACCAUCCAGAUAUAAGUAGUGUUAUCAGCAUCCACACUCAAUGUAGAUUUAAGCUUAGUCAACAAACCUAGAGUUAAUCACCAAGUAGAUGCUCCACAUCGGAAUUACUGAUACCGUCUGGAUUGUAUGUAUGUAGUCUGAAAGCACAUUUUAGUAUACUUGGUAAUUAGAUUGGUUAUUCGUUUAGUAAUAGCACUCUAGCAAUUAGGCAAAUUGGUUCGAAUCGGUUUAAGAUGAGCUAUAAUGAACGAGAACACAAGUCGAGACAACGAAAUGCAUUUUGAUACAACAUUACAGAAUAUCUUGGUAAAAUCUAACAACCACACGGUAAUACUUCAUUUGCAAAAUAUCCAUCGAUUGUCUCAGACUUGGUUGCUCCGUUUCCAUACCAAUCACUCUCUGCUCUUGUUCUCUUCAAUUUUCUCAACCAUCUGCCUUUAGGCAUUUCACAUUCUAUUAGUGGUACGUUCUACUUAUAUUUGCCGUUAUCAAUAGUUCACACCACGAAACCACUACAAUAGCUCACACUGUUAAUGUCUUUUAGUAUAGUCCUGGGAAUCAUGCUGUUAGUAAUGAUCUCUAUUCGUCGUAUUUUCAGUUAAUCAACAUGAAUAACAAGCCAUCGAGUAACAAAAUAUACUGUCCCUUAGAUGAUUAAUAAUUGUAGUUCUCCAUAUUUUUGAAAUCUUGAAUUAUUUCAUACUUUCCGAUUUUAAUGGCUAUUUUUUACUGAUUACUUGACUUCUGUUCAAUCUACGUUCAAUAUUAUUCCUAUGGUAACCUCUCGUUUUGAGUAUUUAAAAUUCAACAGAGAUUUUUAUCUGUUUUUCUGUCUCUUAUUUCCGGCACACGCUAAUGUAGCUGUUGUCAAGCGGUCAGAUGAUCACUCCACUUGCUUCGCAAUUGCUAUUUUGACAGUUCCCAAAUGUAACCUUAUUGUAACUAUGUGAUUCAUCACCUACUUCCUUCAGUUCUGGUAAUUUUUUAUUCAAAGCUUUUCAUUCUUCUUUCUCAAACUAUAUUUCUAAUCCUUGGUCGUUCUCACUAUCAUACCAAUCACAAUUAUUUUGACUUUCCUCUGUUCGUUUUGUGCUCAUUUAGUGUGGAUACCUGAAAUAACGCAUACUUGUACCAGGCUCUGCGUUGCUUGUUACUGAUAACUUAAACAUUGAACGAAGUAAAUGUCACUGCCUUAGUUCUUUGACAUAAAGUCAGUAUUUUUUCAAAACUUCUAAAUGCAGAAUAAAUUAGUCUUGAUUUUCUC